AUAUUCCUCUCUUCUCUACUACUCCUAUACCAUUAUAGACGUAUAUAUAUACACCCCCUCCCCUCCCUUUAUCCACACCCCUCUUCAUACCUGGUUCAUCAUUCAUAUCACUAAAACAAAACAACAACAACAACCACAAUGCAUCGGAACCAGAUAUGGGGAGGAGGCCAUCUGGUCUUGAUGUGUCUUUGUAUCUUAGCAACGGCCCAUUUCACCAUCGGAGCCGCUCCAAAAAAACCGGUAGCUGUCCCGUUCGGCCGGAACUACGUACCCACGUGGGCUUUCGACCACAUUAAAUACUUCAACGGCGGUUCAGAGAUCCAGUUGCUUUUGGAUAACUACACCGGUACCGGUUUCCAGUCCAAGGGACAUUACCUUUUUGGCCAUUUUAGUAUGCAUAUUAAAAUGGUUCCCGGUGAUUCUGCCGGCACUGUCACCGCUUUUUAUUUGUCGUCACAAAACAAUGAGCAUGACGAGAUCGACUUUGAGUUUUUGGGGAACAGAACAGGGCAGCCGUAUAUUUUGCAGACUAAUGUUUUUACCGGCGGUAAAGGUGACCGGGAGCAACGGAUUUAUCUUUGGUUUGAUCCGACCAAAGCGUACCACUCCUACUCUGUUCUUUGGAACAUGUACCAGAUUGUGUUUUUGGUGGAUGAUGUUCCAAUCAGAGUGUUCAAGAACAGCAAAGAUCUAGGAGUAAGAUUCCCAUUCAACCAACCGAUGAAGAUCUACUCAAGCUUAUGGAACGCUGACGAUUGGGCAACAAGAGGUGGGUUAGAAAAGACAGAUUGGUCAAAGGGACCAUUUGUGGCUCACUACAAGAACUUCCACGUGGACGGUUGUGAGUCGUCCGUGAACGCAAAAUACUGCGAAACACAAGGCAAACGGUGGUGGGACCAGAAAGAAUAUCAAGAUCUUGAUGCUUAUCAAUGGCGUCGUCUCCGAUGGGUCCGCCAGAAGUUCACCAUCUACAACUACUGCACUGAUCGGAAAAGGUUUCCCAAAAUGGCACCCGAAUGCAAGAGGGACCGUGACGUUUGAUUUAUUUUUACUAUCUUGGAUUCCGUAUUGUUCCAUUUAAUUUGCAUCGCUUAUUUUUAUAAUAUAUGUUUACUAAAGUGAGGGUCAGAUUUUAUGAUAUUAUAUUUGUAUCCUAAUUCCUAUGUUUUCGAUGUAUUAUUUCUUUCAUCUUUAUUUAUAUAUUUUUUUUCUUUUUUUGGAACUUGAA